AUGAUGCUGCAACCGAAGCCUCCGAUGCCGAAUCAUCAUCGUAACUGGCAUAUUGUGAGGACUCGCCGGAACGACGAUUUGGUGCAUGACGGCAGCAGGGGUGUCGAACUUCAGUUUCUGGCGGAGGUUGAUGGCGUGCACAUGGGCAUUUGGACGUGCCUUUGGGAUGGGAAGCACGGGUACGGGAGCUUUCCGUUGCAUGGUAGGAGCAAGGCAUUGCCGCAAAUGAAGAUGGAGGGCAAGAGGGAGGGCAACACAUCUCGGCAUGCCCUUCACAGCAAACCGGCUUCCUCGGAGGGCUUGGGGCCCGGCCACCCUGACUGGGCUGAGUAG